ACAUAAUUUACCAUUGACGUCGGAAGAUACUUGGUACUGUAAAAUAACAUGCAGCGAAGGUUGCAAUGAAACCUCAAAAAAAAUUGUUAUUGGUAAUACUCAAUGCCAAACUGUAAAAUUAACCAUACAAAGUGUGCCAGAAAUAAAAAAGAAAGAUUUUGAUCUUUCAAAGGAAUUGAUUGUAGCUGGUCAGCAAGGCAAAGUUUAUAAAGGCUCUUUUAACAAACAAAUUGUGGCCAUCAAAUGCAUUAAAUUGUAUACAAGGAAUACAAAAAAUGUUGAAAAAGAAAUUGCUGUUCUUGAAAUCAUAAAGCAUGAAAAUUUUAUUCAUUUACUUGCAGUUUCCAGAGAUAUUAAACAAGUAUAUUUGAUAAUGGAGUAUUUUAAAAAUAGUGCUCCUUUAUCAGACGUUAUUUUUGAUGAAGACUUAAAGAAUACGUACAAUUUUAAUCUCAGAAAAAAUGACAUUUCGAAACAAAUAUGUACAGCGAUUGCGUAUCUUCAUGCACAAAGCAAUCCGAUAAUUCAUCGAGAUUUAAAACCCGAAAAUGUAUUGAUAAAUUUGAAUGGUCUCGUAAAGAUUUGCGACUUUGGUCUAAGCCGUUUUUCCAUAACAAUAGCAUCAUUAAGAACUACUGUUGGAUCCAAAAUUAUGGGAACAAUAAUGUACAUGGCUCCGGAAAUCCUCAUUGAUAGAGAAGAGGCCAGUCUCAAGAGCGAAAUUUGGUCACUUGCUUGCAUUCUCUGGGAGAUAUUCAAUGAGAAUAGUAUCUGGGAAGUUAAUGAUCAGGAGGAAUUAGAAGAAAAAUAUCGCAAUAAAGAAGUUCCAAGUAUGAUAAAUAUCCCAGAAGAACUUCAACCUUGUUUACAACAAUGUUUUUCUUACGAAAGUUCGUAUAGACCACUAGCAGCUGACAUUUUAAAUAGUAUUAACAAAUCUAAUGCAUUAAGUUGGAUAUGCAUUACAGAUCUACGUAUUUUAAUAUAUGAUAAGUUAUUAUUUUCUUAAAUAAUGUUAGAAUAAGAAUUUCCAAAGACUACCUAUAGUUAUAUAAGUAUUGACCCAGUUAAAGUUCUCAAAACGUAGAUUAGAAAAAGUUAUUGUAUGCAUAAAGUCUCAAAAAUCUUAUUUAAUAGGUAUAACCAAUACUCACUGAAAAAAAAUGAUUCGUAAAUCCACUACUCUCAGAGUAGCUAAAUAAAAGUCCUAUUCUGAGAGCAGUAAACUUACUGCACAUAAUUGUAAUUUUAUUAUUAAUGACUUUUAUUUUGGUACUCCGAAUGUGAUAGAUUGACAAAUCAUUUUGUACAGGGCUGUAGGUAAAAAAAUGUUUUUGAAAAUUCUCCGAAAUCGUAUUUUAUAUGACUAAUGUAUUAAGUGAAAAUGUACUUUGUUCGUACAGUUAACAUGAUUUAAUAAAAAGUUGAUUAAUACAAAUAAAAAUAAUUUUAUUUUAUUUAUUACAAAUAUAGUACACAAUAUCGCUAGUUGGAUUGUUACAUUAAAGUAUAUCGUCAUUAUCAUUAUAUUGAUUAAUUUCAUUUAGGAUUUGAUGAUACAAAAUUGUAGCUUCUUCUACAUUGGCCGGUGUUGAUAAACCUGGAAAUAUGUCAUUUACUAGUUUCACAAAAUCUGAAUUACAAUAUGUCGGUGUUUCUGUAAAUUCUCUAAUUGCAUUUUCAAUGUGCUCUUUUUUUACUUCUUGACCCCAAUUUGCACAUUGAACUGCAUUUGGAACGUAAUACAUGAAAUUCGGUUUUCCACUCUUAACGUUAUCACAUUUUUGUUUACGUAUAUUAUGUCGAUUCCAUCCCUUUCUAGUUUGUUCUAGAUCAAACUUUAUCAACGGUGCGAAACAAAAUCUUAGGCAUUCAACCUGUAUCUUAUUAGACCUAUCGAAAUCACGACAC